AUGACGCACACACGAACUCCACGGCGUAGGACGCAGCUUUAUUCGCAAGACGCGGACCUCGAUUUAUACUCGAUCAAAAUUGAAUCGAAUUAUACCAAGCGAGGAUCCACCGGAGGUAUCGAGGUUACCACCGAAAUGAUCCUGGAGACCUCAAGACACGAAGACACGAAGAGUUGA